GGAGAGAGGAGAUUGAGUUUCUAAGCAUUUGUAGGGAAGGGGAGAAAGUGGAAGAGGAAAGAGGGAAGAGGGGUUCUUAUAUAAAAGAAACUCUUCCUCCUCCUCCUCCUGGGCUUGGAGCCCUGGAGCCCAGUUUCUGUCUUCCCCUCCCUUGUCCUCCAUCCAUGAGGAGGUCCAGAUUCUCCACAGAUGUACCUAAUGUGAUGGAAUAUUUCCUUUUUAAGGCUUUUUACAUUUUGUAGGCAUUGAGCCACUCCCUAAGAUCAUUUGUCAAAUCGUCCUUGAACAGUUUCAAAACUGCCACCGCCAGCAUGGAUUUCUUUAUGUCCUUCUAGCUCUGACUUUGACCUUCAGGGAGAUAGACAGACAGACUGACGGAUGAUGCAAGCUCACAUAGUCACUUCUCUGGUGCUGGCAGCCUUUUUGCUAGUGGAGACCCCAAAGGCUCGGAGCCACCUAGUCUCGCGCAGGGACCUCUUCUCCCGAGAGUCUGCACUGGACAUGGCGCCAGGCUCCUUUGAUGACCAGUAUGCAGGCUGUGUAGUCGCUAUGGAAGCGGCCCUCCCUGACCUCAAUCGCACUGAGUUCAAUGCCAGCUCAGUCUAUGCCCAGGCUUGGAACGCAGCGGCCGCCCGUUGGCAGGAGCGCCGGGAUCAGGAGCUUGGGGGGACCCCUACUUCUCGAAGACGACCGCCACCUCCGGGCUUCAGAGAUGAGCAUGCUGUGGCCCUUCUAGCCUACACGGCCAACAGCCCCUUGCACAAAGAGUUCAACGCGGCAGUGAGAGAGGCUGGCCGAUCUCGGGCUUAUUAUCUCCGAUACUUUCCUUUCAAGACCCUUCACUUCCUCCUCACAGAAGCCCUGAGACGGCUGGGUUCUGGGCAGCAGCCCAGGUGCCAACAAGUCUACCGGGGCAUUCACGGGGUCCGCUUCAGGCCCACGGGACCCGGGACCACAGUUCGUCUAGGGGCCUUUUCCUCGGCUUCCCUGAAGGAUGCUGCUGCCCAUCAGUUUGGGGAAGACACUUUCUUUGGCAUCUGGACUUGCCAUGGGGUGGCUAUUAAGGGUUAUUCCUUCUUCCCAGGGGAGGAGGAGGUGCUGAUUCCUCCCUAUGAGACCUUCCUCGUGGUCAAUGCUUCAGUGCCGUCUCAAGGUCCAGUCCGCAUCUACCUCAAAGCUAAGGACAAGGCCAGCACCUUUAACUGCGAGUAUAUCAAAGACAAGCAGUGCACUUCAGGACGAUGCAAACUAAAUAAUUCAGCAACAGUAGAGAGGAUGGAGCCCUUCUCCCCAUCCCAACAACUACUGCCUCUGCUCUGGCUCUUCAUGGCAUUGUCAUCUCUCGACCUCCCAAGUCUCCUCUGAUUACUCUAGACUCAUUGAUUCUCUCCAACUCAGGACCUGAGCUCAAUGUACACAUGCCAGAUGUGUAUUCGUCAAGAUGGAGCUGAAAGAUGGACCUGGUCCAGUAUCUCAGCACUUCAGUUCAAGCAAUAGUGGAGAUUGAAGUAACCAUAAAAGGCUAAAAUCUUGGAAAGCUGGAUUGGCAGGUCAACCCUCCAGUAUUUGCCCCAACACUGACUCAUCAUGGGACCCAAAAGGUUGGAGACCAUCAUCAGUUGGUACUUUCCCUGUCCUAUGGCUAGCAAACUCCUAUCUUGCUGCCCCUUCUGAUACUGAGGUGAAAACCCCUUUUCUUUGCUACAUCUGUUCAUGAUCUCAUAUUUACACCUCCCCACUUCCCAGCCAACUCAGUUCUCCUUUUAUCAAUGAUCUCUGCAACCCUCACCAUAUUAUUAACCAAUUCCCCUUUAUCCUAGGUCUUUCUUUUCACACACUUUCUGCUUGAGCUAAGGGAAAUCUGUCUCUAUUUGGAAGAUCCAAUAUCCCUAGAUAACUUCCUCAUUUCACCCACCUCACCCCAUUGCUAAUUGUUCCUUUUCCCAUAUCUCCAAGAGAUACUGUGGCAAGAGGAAAAGUUUACAUAUUCUGUGCUCCCCACUGUUGCUUCUAGACUUUCCCUCUGCUAUUGUCUCUCAGGAAUAGCUCCUCCUUUGAGGUUCAUCCCAUCCAUCUAUAUCACCCAGUUCAGAUCCUUACAUUCUAUGAUACUCUAUGAUACUCUCUCAUUACUCCCUCAAGAAUGCUAAUAUCUAUUUUCAAUUUUCCUUUUCACUCCUACCCCUGCCUUCUUACUUAGGACCCCCAAAUUUUUCAAACUUUCUGAUUUCUAUACCUAAUCACCUACAUUUUUAACCCAGUUCAACCACACACAGAGAUAGUCAUACCCUAGCUUUCGCCAUUAUCCACAAAUUAUUCUACUUUUAUGAUCCGAAAGUAUGAAAUACCCUUCUCUGAAAACAAUAUCUUGUUCUUUCUUUUCUCUAUGUCUCAUUUCUAAGUCUUAUUUUUUGUCUUCACCUGAAUUUUCAGUUGCUCCACCCCUCCAAUUGUUUCUUGACUAGAAUUCAGUUUUCCCUCUUUUAAUAGACGACCCAAAUGUAACCCAGUUUGGGAGCUCCUGGAUCCCAUCAACAGAGAAUAUGCAUUGGUUUCCUUCCUUGAAUCCAUUGCCUUCUUUUUGCUGUUUGCUCAUAUCUUUCCAAUCUUGAAUGCUGGUUCACCACCACCAUCACAGAAUUUUUCUGUCUCAACUGUUGUGCUUCUGAAAGUCAUUAGAGGAAGCCAUACAACCACAAUAACUUUGUCUACCACAAAUUCAUGCUAUCUCAGCUAGGCACUAACUUCUACAUGGCAAUCCUUUUAUUCUUCCCUUAUUGGUUCUCUAUAAUACUUUAAACAGUAGCUAUUCUUUUAAAGAAAAGUUCUUUUCCUUCUGUCUUAGAAUCAAUACUAAGUAUUGGUUCCAAGGUAGAAGAGUGGAAAGGGUUGGGCAGUGGAGAUUAAGUGACUUGCCCAGGGUCAUGCAACUAAGUAUCUUGAAACUAGAAUAGAACCCAGGACUUCCCAUCUCUAGGACCAGCUCUCAAUCCAUUGAGCUACCUAGCUUCCCCCUACAGUAGCUAUUCUAAAUCCCCUCUUUCUUUAAGAUUCUAGUGUUACCUUUUUUCCCCCAUUUACUCUCAGCAGAUGAUCCUACUUUACUGAUAUAUUAGCAGUAAUCCCUUUGGCAUUUAGCAGGGUGGGUUUCUGACUCUGCCUUUCCACUAUAGGGCCCCAUCUCAGCUUGUAUCUGUGCUUUCAGGUCAGGUUCAGUGUUGGUCAACAGAGUCAAAGGUCAUCUCUGGUUCUUGACUACUCUAGAGUCCUAGGAAGAAUCACUUAAAGCCUCAUAUCUAGUAUCUCCCCAAAAAGGAGUAAAAUAUAGUAUAUAAUGUAAAUUAGGUAUAGAAUAGCUAUUUAUUUCUUCCACAAAAAGAAAUUAAUACAAGAAACAGACAUGCAUUGACAAAAUUUAAACGAGCAACUGUUAUGGUGAAAAUUUCACCUUUUUAGGAUUGUUGUAAUAUUGAACAAUGGCCGCCAAGGAAUUUACUUAUGAAAUUCCUAAAAUGAAACACUCAAGUCAGAAUGAAGUUUAUGGAGGUUUAAUCACACUGGGAGUAGGGAAAGGAGAGGGAGAGAAGGAGAGAAGAGAAAAGGGAAGAAGGCUACUCAACCUCUGACCAAGGCAGAGGGAGUUUAGGCCCAAAGGGCCAAGGUGGAAAGAAUCAGUCCUUAACUCACGUGACAGAUCUGAAGGAAAGCCGUCUGCGGGCAUCCUCCUUGUCCAAGCUCCUAACACCAACUGGCGUCUAGCUCUCUCCACAGGAAGUGAGCGAAAUCCAGAGGCUGUUCCUUACCUCACUUCCUGUGUCUCACAAGUGCCAAUGGUUGGCUCUAGCUUAGCUUAGGACAGCCCAGGUGGGCAGUUAGUUAUUUCUGAUUUGUCAUUGACUAGCACAUGCCCGUGUAGUGUGGGUGUGCACAAUUUUUGGGUGCUAUACCAAGAUGGAGACUUUUAAAAUUCACACAACAAAAAUAACUCCUAACUAUUGUUAGUCCUUCAUUGAAAUUAAUGCUUAAAACAUCAAAACAUUAAACAUUUUGUGGGACUGAUCUGUAUUGUCCAAACAAAACGCCCAGUCUAAAUCUUCUGGCAAGCCAAAUGAAUCAGGCUCAUCUUCCUAUCUUUAAUCAUCAUUUUCAAGAAGUAUUAGAGAAGUAUUGGUGACUCCUCCUGAAAUAUAGCCACUUUUUUCUGAGGACCUAGAAACUCCAAACCUUUUGAACUCACUAGGUUGCCUCCAAGACUGGAAAUGUCCAUUCUAGGAUUACCUCCAAGAAGGAAACAAAACAGAAAAGCCAGCACAAAUGACUUUUUGGUAUCAGCCAUAUACUCCUACCAGUUACCAUGUUUCAAGGGUGAGGGAAGAGCAACUCCUUUCAUCUCUCAUAGAAAGAGAUUCUAUGAAUCCUGGCAUGAUCAGGAGAAAGAGAGAGCAAAAGUAAGAGUGAGAAAGAGUAGGAGUAAGAGAAAGAAUGAGAAAGAGAAUGCACAGUCCUUUUAAGGUCCUCUGAGUGGCCAUCCUUCCCGACCUAAAAGCCAAUCCUUUCUAAUAGAACCUCAAUACAGCUUCCCCUCCUUCAGCUGUCAUGAAGUAGGAGACCAGGGAGUGACUCAGGGUUUGUUUCAUCAUCCUAAAGUGAUGAGCCCUUCAGUGUUUCUCUGGAGGUUGCCAGGAUUCAGAUUCAGCAUUCCCUGAUAUGCUCUAGCCAGAACAGAGCAGGGAGCCCACUGUUCAUAUCUUAUUACAGGGAGAAAACUGAGGCCAUCUUUCAUGAGCAUUUUCAUUACUGCUGCUUCCCAUUCAAAGUACUACUAUAUUAUCAUUCAACUCCUUUUUUGGUUCCAGACACUGAAAAGAGUCCUUUCCCCCCAUUAAGACUAAUUCUUCUACUGGUAUCUUUUGUUCCAUUCCUCUCUGUCUCUUCCAGCAUCUGAUCAUGCCUUCUCUUUUCUAUAUCUACUGGUUCCUUUCCUGGUGCCUAAAAACAUGUCCAGGUAUCUCAUAUCCUUAAAAUCUUAAAUGACUCCUCUCUCUCUCUCUCUCUCUCUCUCUCUCUCUCUCUCUCUCUCUCUCUCUCUCUCUCUCUCUCUCUCUCCUCUCCUCUCCUCUUCUCUCCCCUCCCCAAAACCUGUUACUGUUCUCUCUUUGUUCUCCUCCUACUUGCUGAUCACUCCUUCUUAGUCUCUUAGAAUCAUCAUCUAUUUCCUACCCUAUAAUUGUGAUGAAAUUCCCUCCCUUCUUUCAUGUCAAUCUCAUUAGAUCCUAUGGGUUCAAAUGUUUUAUAUAUCAAUGACUCUCAAAACUAUUUAUCUGGCCCUGAUCUCUCUCUUAGAUUACAGUUCUGCAUUAGUAACUUUGCCUGCUGGAUAUUGCUGUCUGGGUCAAUUCUACCUUAAACUCAACAUGUCCAAAUGGAACUCAUCAUCUCCGCCCAUCCAAAUUUCCCUUUUUGUUUUAAUAACACAAUUCUCCUAAUCAUACAGGUUUACACUCCCAGAGUCAUCCUUGACUCUUUUCCUCUCUUUCACUCCCCAUGAUCAGUUUGAAAAUCUUGUUGAUUCUACCUUCAUGAAAUCUCUCACUUGUGUUUCCUUCUUUCUAUUCACAUAGCUAAAACUUUGAUUUAGAUAGACUCUCAUCUCCUCUCUCAACAACCAUCAUAAUGGGUUUCUAAUUGCUCUCCUUACUUCCAGUCUUCUUGCCUUUCUGGUUCAUGUUCCAAACAGCUGCCAUAAUAAUAAUCUUUUUAAGGGACAGAUCUGACUAUGCCUCCCACACUGAUCACAAGGUCAUAGUAGCUUCUUAGGACUUCUAGGAUAAAAUAAAAAUUUCUUAACUUAGUAUUCAACAAUCUAAUUCUAUUCUAUUUAUCUUUCUUUCUUCCCAUCAUGUUGCAGCCAACUGGGCUACUAGCUGUUUCCUGAACUUGACAUUCCAUCUCUUGCCUAUUGUGUAUUCAUAAAAGCAAUCUGCCAUGGUACAAUGGUUCUUUUUACCUGUCAGAAUCCUUAUCUUCCUUCGAGGUUAUGGUUGGAUGCCACUUGCUUCCUUUAUCUUCUUCCAUUGUUUAUGAUAUCUCCUUCCUUAAAUUACCUUUCUAUUUAUUCACCUGUAUGUGAGUAUUAAGAGUAUUAAGAGGAAUGUAUCCUCUUAAUAGAAGGCUUCUUGAAUGUGAGAAUUAUCUUAUUUUUGUCUUUGUAUUUUCAUGCCUACAACAGUGCCUUGCAUGGAAUAGGUACUUAAUAAAUAUUUGUUGAAUCAAA